AUGGUUGGUGCGGGGGUUCGCUGGGGCGGGUCCAUUUAUCACCCUGAAUUCUCGGGGCGGCGGGGGGAGCGCGCCGGCGGCGCAGGGAGCCGGACCCGCCGCCCGCGCUCCCCACCCCCGCUCACCUCGCGUACUUCGUCUUCUGGAAAUCCAGGAGCCGCGGAGCGAACAUCGCGGCGGUUCCAUCAGCCUCCAGCCCGGGGCUCCGACCGCGGCAACUUGAAGAGGCCGCGGGGCCGAAGCAGCAGGUCGGCGGCCGCGGGGCGGGGGCGGCCGGGGGCGCGCGGAGCCGAGCUGGAGCCGAGCCCGGAGCCGCAGACGCCAAAUCCCGAGCAGCUGGUGGCGGGCGGGGCGGGGGGGCUCCGGGCCAAUCGCCUGAGUUCCCGCAGCCCCGGCGCCCUCCCCGCGCGGGGCGGACCCCUCCCAGCCUCGCUGCGGGAAGGGAACCCUGGGGGAGGGUUUUUCCAGCGAGAAGACGGCCUGUUAGACGGAGCCCCGCUGUCCCCCGCGGCGGGGGCUGGGACGCAAGGGGGGGCGGACCCUGCCCGCGCGCCCGCCCUGCGGCCCCUCGCGUGGCCAGCCCCAGCGUGUACCUGUGGCUCACGCUCCCCCUCCGCCCCCGCCUUGCGUCCCUGCGAGGUACCCAGGAUGUGCCCACCACCACCCCAGCCCCCAACCCCUGCCCCGCAUCUUUACAAAAUUCAGCUUUCUCCAUUGGGGGACCUUGGCCUGGGUGAUGGGCUAUGCGAAACCACCUACUGGAAGAGCCGCACCAGGACACACCUGUCCCCAGGCACAAGCCAGACCUCCUCCAAAGCCCUCAACCCCAACUUCCAAAAAAAGGGCCCUGCUGGCUUUUCAAAGGCUCCUGGGCCUCCCCCGGCUCCUGGGCCUCCCUGGGCUCCUGGUCCACUGGCCUCCUCCCGGCCCACACCUGCCAUCGACCUUCAAGCAGGUCUUGGCUGGCCAUCUCUCCCUGGGACCCCACAGCAAGCCCUGACCGGAUCCUCCUCCUCCUCCCUCUUGCUGGUGUUGAUCUCCAACAGUAGGGGUGAAAUGGGCACCUACUAUGCGCCUAGCAGGCCUCCCACCUCCUCCAAACACAUCUGCUCCACUCCUGACUUAGCUGGGAAUCCAAACCCCAAACUUCCCAAGCAGCAGAGACCAGGACAGGAGGAGGAGCGUGGGCCAGCCCAUCGCGCCCCCGCGCGUCCCCACGCGUGCGCGUGUUCGACCGGAACCCGGGGCCAGGCCGGAGGUGAAGGGGCGGACCUCCGCAGUACGCCUGCGCCGUGGGAGGCCGUGCGCCGAGGAGGCGGGGCCGCGCAGGCGCGCCUGGCAGCCCGGCUCUGGAGCAUAAACAAGAGCGGGGUCGGGAUGAGGCGGCGGUUGAUAUCCGAGCGGCGAGUGGCGGCGAGCGGGGCCCGGCGCCGACCCUGA